ACUAAGUGGAGUGCGGGGACGCCAUGAGCAGGUACUCAAGUCGAAUGGAAUGUGCAUAUUUGCACAGAAGCAGCAGGCAGGGCCCUGGCUUGACUUAGCACUUGCUAGUUGUUUUCGUCAUGCGGAGACCUGACGGCUGAUUGGCGAAUGGAUGCGCGCACCCCACAGCAAAGAUUAGCACGCUAGCAGCUGUCCCGCAAAGGGGAAUCCACUCGUUCGUCAUAGAGGACUUUGAUGAUGAUGCUUGCAAGGGCGUGAUGCGUGGAGGAUGACUUCUACUACUUGCCUUUCUCGUCUCAUCUGUAGAAUAUGCAGUGUCCAUCUUCGCUUUGCAGCACUUUUGACCUUCAUAUUCUUGCCACCACACGCUACCGAAAUAGCUUUGGUUUAACCGAUACCCACACUUAUAUUCUUUCAGGAGGCAAAGUUCCACGACUUCAACCCCGCGUCGGGCUGUUCACCAUUUCACCAGAGCACGAUGGUCAACCCAACUUUCAUCUCGGCCAGCACCCUGGUACUCUGCCUGGCACUUGUCGCUUCCAAUCGUCAGGCCGGUGUCAAGGCUGAUUGGAUCCAGGAUACUGCGUUUGGCGGUCAAAAGGUCUUCCAGGCUUCCUUUGACUCAUGGACCGAAUCCGACUUGCGUUCGUACCUCCUCGAGCAGGGCAUCAUUGCGCCGUCCAACACCAGAGAGCAACUCGUUGUUCUUGCCAAGCAGAACUACGCCAGCAUCUCUUCUGGCCUCGCCGCCGCCCCGUCGGACGCUUUCUCUGCCGUUCAGGGUGCUGCUGAGAAGGCUUGGAGCGCCGCAUCUUCCUACCAGUCUGCUGCGCGUGUCGCUUUGACCGACACUGCUAGCAGUGCAAGCAGCUACGCGCUCUCCGACCUUUACCACCCUGCUUCUAAGUCUGUCUCGAGCGCAUCUAGUGUCGCUUUCAACAGUGCUAGUAGCGCGAGCAGCCUCGCUAGCAAGUCCAGCUCGAGCGCUGCAAAGGAGGCCAGCAAAAGCUCUUCGAGCGUUUCUAAGUCUGGAUCAUCCUUGGCGUCAGGUGCGAGCAAGUCUGUUUCGGGUGCAUUUGCCCAAGCCACUCAGGCCGUCAACGACAACAUCAACGACACUUCCGACUGGGUCUUCUCUACCUGGAGCGACAAUGAGCUCCGCUCUUGGCUUGUGAAUAAUGGCAUCGUCAAGACACCAGCGGGGGCGAAGCGCGACGAACUGGUCAGGAGCGUGAAGAGUGCAUACUCGAAGACAGUGAAUGUACCGUACGAGGCUUUUAGCAACUCUUACUUGCACAACUGGCUCGUCGACCACGGCGUGAUCAAGACCCCUGCUCAGAAGACGCGUGACGAGUACCUGUCCCUGGCAAAGGAUUACUACUACGGAGUGCAGGACGACGUCUUUAGCACUUGGAAGGACGGCGACCUGCGCAGCUGGUUGAUCAAGAACAACGUGAUCAAGUCCGAUUUCCAGGCGGGACGCGACACGUACCUCUCGCUUAUCCAGAACGCGUACAAGAACAGCAAAGAUGAAAUCUACAAGGGUUGGCGCGACAGCGACAUGCGCAGCUGGCUCAUUAACAACGGCUAUAUCAAGUCAGGCUUCCAGGCCAAGCGUGACGACUACAUCAAGCUAAUGGAGAAGCAAGGCAAGAGCGCUGUCGACAGCGCAAAGGACUACCUCGAGUGGCCUGACUCGCGCAUCCGCCUGUACCUCUACCAGAGCGGUAUGGACGCUAACAAGUUCCCAAAGAAGCGCGAUGACAUGCUGCGCGAGAUGCGUGCACGCUAUGUGCCGCAAAAGUCGUUCUUUGGCCAGAUUGCGGACAACGUCAAGGAGGGCGUGCGACACGUCUUUGCCGGUGUGCAGGACGUUGGAGGCCAGGUUGAACAGAACGCCAAGCGUGCUAGCAUCUCGGCCAGCAGCGCAGCCAGUGCGGCUAGCGCCAGCGUCAGCUCCGCGUCUGCCAAGGCCAGGGACGAGCUUUGAAGUGAGAGACAGAAGCGCAGGGGGCAAUGGGAUAAGAAGAAGAAACC